AUGCUUUCCCACCGAAUCGCGAAGGCCUCGCCGUUGCGGUCAGCAACGGCUGCCCUCGCGGCCCGGCGGCUCCCCAUUGUCCAGCAACGGACCUUCCUCCCUCAGUACAAUGAGAACCUCGACGAGCGAUAUCCCGCCUACCCCAACCUUAGCGAAGCCGAGGACCCAAAUAUGAACGGAGGCUAUGUUCAGCCCGCCCCGGUCAAGCGGCAAUUCCGAGACCCCUACGGCGACUGGUGGGACAAGCAGGAGCGCAGGAACUACGGCGAGCCCUGCCACGAGGACUACGACCAGAUGGGCAUCUUCUCCCCGCACGAGUACACCUGGGUCAGCCCCCGCAAGGGCCUCGUCCAGAUCGCUGCCUUCAUCGCCACCUUCCUGAGCGUCUGCUACGCGGUCAAGGCGACAUACCCCGACCGACCCUCGUUCCCGCGCGAAUUUGAAGGCGGACUGGAGCGAGAGCUUGGCGGUGCGGGUGCAACGAGGGCUAGAGCAGCAGAGGACCCAGAGCCAUUCCAGGUGGAGGAGCUAGACUAA